AUGGAUCUCGUACAUUCAAGCCGGAAACUCAUACAGGACAUGAUUCAGUUAGCCGGUUCACAAAUGAAAUUGCUUCUCAUGGACGCGGAAACGACUCCAACCGUUUCAUGCGCCUUCGCUCAGUCAGAAGUCAUGCAAAAAGAAGUGUACAUUUUCGACAGAAUCGAAAACAGAUCUUCAGCGGAAAACAUUAAAAAUCUGAAAUGCGUUGUCUUUGUUCGUCCUACAGCUGAAAACAUCGAUCGUUUGGUCAAAGAACUUCAGGAGCCGCGAUUCAGCCAGUACUAUCUCUAUUUCACCAACACUGUGAACAAAUUCGACGUUAAACGAUUGGCAGAAUCCGACAAGAAUGAGACCGUGCGAGAAGUUCAAGAACUGUUUCUAGAUGGGAUUCCCCUGCGAAAGGAUCUUUUCACCCUCAAUCUUUAUCACAUUUUCGAUUUAAAGUUUGAAGUUAAGGACUAUGCGGCGGAUAGAAUCAAGUCUGGAAUCAUUGCUUUGCUAUUACAGAUGCGCAAAAAUCCUGCUGUGAGAUAUCAGAAAAACUCUCCGAACUGCCAAAAAAUUGCUGAUGAGGUUGCCCAAUUUAUUCGUCGAGAGAAUGGUCUCUUCGAAAACGCAAAACGAGAUACUACACUCCUAGUGAUCGAACGUUUUCAAGACAUUGCAACGCCGCUACUCAACCAAUGGACUUAUGAAGCUAUGAUCCACGAGAUGCUCGCCCUGACAAAUAAUCGUUGCACGUGUGCGGACCAGAGCGUUGUUCUCAGUGAAUUACAUGAUGAUUUCUUUGCCAAAAACAUCACUUCUAAUUUUGGAGAGAUCGGUCAAAAUAUCAAGACAUUGAUUAGCGAAUUCCAAGAAAAAAAGCAUAUCAACAAAAACUUAGAGUCGAUUCAAGAUAUGAAGAAAUUCGUGGAGGAUUAUCCUCAGUUCAAAAAAAUCAGUGGUACAGUGUCGAAGCACGUCAGCUUGGUUGGAGAACUUAGUAGUCUUAUUCAAAAACACAAUUUGUUGGAGAUUUCUGAGCUGGAACAAACAAUUGUGUCGGACGGGGACCACAACAAAUGUAUCAACAAAAUUCGGUCGCUGUUGAAAAAUUCCAAAACAAGAGAUGUGGAUAUGUUCCGUCUGAUUCUGUUGUACGCUCUUCGGUUUCAAGGAUCCUCAAACGAAUUGAAGUCACUUUUCGAACAAGUGCCGCCGCGUUUGAAAUCGGAAAUCGAGAAAACAUGUAAAGUAUUGCUUUCGUAUGGUGGAGCCGGAAGACAUCCUGCGGACUUGUUUGGAGGGCAAUCAACAAUCGAUAUCACUAAAAGAUUCAUCAAAGGACUGAAAGGUGUUGAAAACAUUUACACUCAACACUCGCCAUAUCUCAAAUCCCUUGUGGAGAUGUGCCAGCGUGGGAGAUUAGAAAAUUAUCCAUUGUUGAGUAAUGAAUGUGAUCGCAACGACAAUAUCAUAGUAUUUAUCGUUGGAGGAGCAACUUAUGAAGAAGCGGCGUUCGUCAGAAACCUCAACGAAAAAAGAGAUCAAGGGUUUGGUGGCCCGGCUGUAGUUCUCGCCGGAAAUUGCAUGCUGAACACAAAAUCGUUCCUGGAUGAGUUCUCUGAGCAUCAUGCUAAAUCUACAAAAGCAGUAUAA